AUGAACGCGUCACCAGGCAAUAUAAUAAUCAAUUCAUGUCAAUAUACACCCGUUUAUGUGAUACAGAAUCCAAGCGUUAGUCCGACUAGAUCAUACGUCUUGGCACAAAGCGAUGAAUACUCACAAAAGCCAGUAGGUGACAGCUUAAAAAGCUUUUACGAAAAUAGCGGCAAAUUAGCAAAUAACCUCCAGGAAAGCAAAAAGUGUGAGCCGAAGAUACUUAAAAAAGUUGAUAGUAGCAUAGUGGGGAACAAUUUGAAAUUAGCAAGUUUUCUUUUACCUAAAAAUGAUACAAGUAAGCAGUAUGUUGCACCAGUGAAUAACAUAGGAAUAAAACCUAUUGUAUCUUCGUGUAACACACACACAAUCACCAAUGUAGUUAAUACUGUACCGAAAUUAGAUAUUAAUAGGAAGAUUGUGAAGUUAAAGAGCAUCCCAAACAGUACAAAGACCUCAUUCCAAGGAAGAAAGUUACCAAAGACAAAACCAAAAGAGAACUCUCAAAAUCCUUCCAAACACACAUCAGUGCAAUUGUUAAAACUGGGUGAGACAUACCACAGUCUUAAUCAGUUAAGUGAUGACCAGAUGAAAAUAGUGAAUCACGCUCUAAAAAUAUUUAGUGACCCUAAGAAAACACCCAAGGAGCCAGCUUAUGACCCGAUCACUAACACACGCUUUAUAUAUAAAGUCCUAUCACCAAAAGACUUGACUAUAGUUGGUAAGAAUAAAUUAAUAUUUAAACAGAAGAGAGCAGAAGUUAAGAAAGAUAAUAUUAAGAAAGAAGAAGAAGUUAUAUUUAAGAAGAAACCAGACAAAAAAGAAGUUAAACCUAUAAUAGAAAAAGAAAUUCAUGAAGAACCAGCAGCAGUGCUUGAGACAAAAGUGACCCGAAGCGGAAGAAAAGUGAAACUACCUAAACAUCACACAACAGAAGAGGAAACGCCACACAAACCGAGAAAGAAGAAUGGGACUAUUGUUUCCUGCUUUCAGUGUUCCUUGGAAUUCAGCAGCCUAUAUCGUUUGCAAAGGCAUUAUGAGAAUCAUCCGACUCACAUACCGGCGAAAAUCCACUCGAAUCUGUUCCACUGUCUCCUAGCUAUUAUUAAGAGCGGUUCAGAAGAGGAUCGGGCGAACAUUUUCAUUCAGCAGUUGGAACAGUUGAUUGCGAAGUUCAAGUCUUUAUUGCCAUGUCUUUUUAAGAAAGCAGAUGGGCGGCACGAGGGUAAUGAGGGCACGAAAUUAUGCACGAUAAAUGACGAUAUUGGCAGGUUGUUUGGUAUGAAUCCCGGGAAGUACAACGUAAAUAUGGAUGCAUUAACUUGUGUUAAGGACACUGAAGGACACUGUAGACAUAAUCCAAAAACUAAUCAAUUAAAUUCGGACUUAGACAAACCUUCACAAAGUUUGCUGUCAAGUAAUAUAGAAGACAUAACUAAUUCAAGAAGCGAAGUAGAAGAUUGUGCAAGAAUAAAUUCUGUCGCGAAAUGGCCCACUGUCACCAAACGAAACUGGAAGCAAAAACUGCAAAACUCGAACGCAAAAAAAGUGAAAAUGGAUUCUGAAUGUGACUCGUCUAUCGAAUUAGUCAUGGAUGACUUCAUUACGUUUAACGAAACCAAUGAAACAGACCUAUUACCUCAAUGUGUUCCAUUAGUAACCACUGAAGUAAAUCAGGAACCUACAGUAGAUAAAAGUUUGGAUAUUCUUAAAGAUGAAACAAAAAAGCCAUCGCAUAUUCAGUUCCACAGUACACACUUCGAUAUACGAUCGUCGCCUAUCAAACAAUCGUCAACAGUUUUCUGUAAAUUCCAAAUCAAUCCAGAAAAAAUUCCAAAAUAUGAAGUUCAAAUAAUAAAGCCUCUUGAUAUAGAAAAUGAAUUUAUACACGAAAAUAACGCACAAUCGAAUACAGAAUCUAUAAAUAGUAAUGUAAUAUUCAAUGAAAAUAUUGACUUACCAGCAAAAGGAACAGAAAAUAAUUUAGACUUUGUGAACAAAGAUUGGACAAUUUCUAUGACAAACGAACAAACCGUAAACAAUAUUGAAUCAAAUACAUUAAUAGAACCAGCUUUAUUGCACUUUAAAUAUGAAAGCUUAAAUAAAAAUACAGUUAACGAUAUAAACAAUCAAAAUGAUAAUUUGGUUUUAAACAAUCUUACAAAUCAAAACCAAUCAGUAUUAAAUUUUUUGGACUCGUUAGGCAAUGAUUGUCUAUCAUACCCAGAGACUGAAAUUAGAAAUAAUGCAGUUGAUUUUCAACUAGACUUAUUCUCAUUUAAUAAUACAUAG